AUGACACCUUCAAGAAAAAAGGCUUCAAGCCUUCUGAGCAUCUUGCUCUUCGCGACCCCUAUCUUCGCCAAGUUCCAGAACGACUUCAGUCUCUACCCCAGUGCAGCACAACCUUGCUUAUACUCCGCGUCCGAUAGUAGCCAAUGCGACGGCGAGACAGUCCCCGAGAUGAACAAAUGCCUUUGUAGCGAUUCCAAGGGCCAAUUCGUCACCUCCACAGCCAAAUGCCUAGGGAAGAGCGCGAAAGAUACCGUGCCAGCUGUAUACAAGUCACUGAGCACGUCCUGCUCCGAUUCCCAAACCCCACUAUCCAUAACCGAGGAUCAGUUCGUCAAACUGGCGGAUAGCGCUGCUACCACCACUACUAUUCGACCAACAACAUCAUCCUCAACAUCCACAUCCAAGAGCCUAACUCCCACCACCUUCAUGACUACAACUGUCGGCGGCGCGACUGUCACUGUGACCGCUACCCCCACCCCGACAGAAUCUGCCGCUGCGGAUGAGUCUUCAGGUCUGGGCACAACGGCCAAAAUCGGCAUUGGUGUUGGUAUCGCUGUCGGAGCCGUUGGCCUUGCCGGCAUCGCCGCCUUCUUGUGGCGCAUGAAGAGAAACCGCGGCGUCCAGGAAGAAUCUCGCCCUAUGCUCGGCGGCGGCGUUGGCCCGACCGGAUACAACCCGCAGAACAGCCCGCCUGGCAGUGCCGCUGCAUUCGGUGUCUAUACACACCAUGAAUACAAGACAGAUAGCAAGGAUCCGAUAUGGCGGCCUGGCACGGCAAUCACCACAAGUCCUAGUCCUGGAGGUCAGACGUGGGCUACAGCGUCUCCUCAGCCGUCAUAUUCCCUGUCUCAGGGGCCGUACGCUCCACCACCUCAAGAACAGCAGCAGCAUGCCUGGGGGCAUCAUCCUCAAGCUGCGUAUGCUCCAGCACAAGCUGAUUCUCAGCCUGGAGUCUUCGAGCUCGCUUCAAUGCCUGUCCAGGCGUCACACAUUCCCCCACCACCCAAUGUGGUCGAGAUGCCAGCGACAGAGGUGACGCCACAACCCGCACGUUACCAGUAUCCAUCACAAAGAUGA